ACCUCUCACCUCUCACCUCUUUCGUUAUUUCGAAUUUGUCUUUUUUUUUUUUUUUUGUUUUUUGUUUGGGGCAUUGGAAGCAAUAUAUCGCGAAGCUCUCGAUCUAGGGUUUUCCAAAUCGAUUUUGGUAGUUUUUUUUUUCUUCCUCUCUACUCAGUCGAGGGUUUUUCUAGGGUUUCAAUUUAGCUUUCUUCCACCCAAUUGCCGUUGAGGAAGAUAUCUCUCACUCGGUGAUUUUUGAAUUUGAUUUUGAUCUGAGGGAUAGAAGGAAGGAAACUUAGACCAAUUUGCGAAUUUGAUUUUGGUAAGUAUACGUUGUGCAAUUCAUACGAAUACCAUCAUCGGGUUGAUUUGGUAAUCGCAUCUGUGUGAUUCUUUUUUCGGCGAAUUGUGGUAUUGACUCGAGAGCAAGGAGGGUUGAUUGGGAAAAAGGAUUGAUUGAUUACUGCAACUUUCCAUUGAACCUCGCCAAGGGGGUUACCAAUAGAUUCAUUGUUGAAGCAGAAGCAAGAAAAGCAUACAUUGCUUGAAUUUUUUUUAAAGUUAGUUCUGUAUUUGAAUGACUUAUAGUGAAUGAUGGGUAAAGCACGGAAACACCCAAGAGUGAAAUCAUCGGGAUUUGUUCCUGAUUACUUGCAUACGGCGGCGGUUGAGCCUGAUGACUUUGCUUACUCAGGUAGAAUCGAUUCUCAGAUGAAACAUUUAGAGGAGACUCCUCCAUUGAAAAGGAGACGUUUUGGUUUGAAUGGAGAUAGCUAUGGUGUUCCCAAAGAGGUUUUCUCUUUGUCCAACAUGUCGAGGUCUGAGAGAAAGAAUUUAGUUCACAAGUUGAAGAUGGAGCUUCAACAGGUCAGGGACCUUAGUAAGAAGAUUGCAUGUUUCAGUUCAGACACUGUGCUGUUGUCACCAUACAACGAUAUUCAAAGCUGCAGUGAUGGCCCUAGGAGGAUGCCACCUGAAAACUUUGCUACAUUUCCUGGGUCACAGGGGAAAAAGCGUCCUCCUGUGCGAAAUGAUAAGCAGCGGACUAAGAAAGGUCCAUCUCGUUUGGAUGUCCCAACAAAUUCUACCCUUGCUUCAGUGAUGAAGGAGUGUGAAACGUUACUCAAUCGUUUGUGGUCACAUAAGUUGGGAUGGGCGUUUCGUACUCCAGUUGAUCCAGUCAUGUUGAAUAUUCCAGACUAUUUUACUGUGAUUAAGCAUCCAAUGGAUCUUGGAACGAUCCGGAGCAGGUUGCGUAAAGGUGAAUAUUCUAGUCCUCUGGACUUCGCAGCAGAUGUGCGUCUUACAUUUUCAAAUUCUAUAGCUUACAAUCCACCAGGGAAUCAGUAUCAUGCUAUGGCUCAAGGUAUCAGUAAAUAUUUUGAAUCGGGAUGGAAAAGUAUAGAGAAAAAAAUACCUGUGACAAAACCACCAGUCGUUCCAGUAACCAGUUCUGCUUCUCUAGACUCUGAAAUCCCUUUUGAAGUUGCACCAUUGAGAAAGAAAGCAGCUACAAUGAACGAGAACAAGCAGAGGGUGGCACCUGCUAAGUUGGUCAUGACAGAUGAUGAGAAGAAAAAGUUAAGCCAAGAUUUGGUGGCAUUAGAAGAAGAUUUCCCUCAAAACAUUGUUGAUCUCCUGAGAGAGCAAAGUGGCAAUGAUGGUCAAUCUGGAGAAGUUGAGAUUGAGAUUGAUAUAGAAUCGCUUUCUGAUGAAACCUUGUUCAAGGUUCGAAAACUCCUGGAUGACUAUUUAAGCGAGAAAAAGAAAUCGUUGGAAAAGAGCGAACCUUGUGAGAUGGAGAUCGUUCAUGACUCAGGAUUCAGUAAUUCCCCUCUGCAGCCUAGUAAAGGUGAUCUGCAAAUUGACGAGGAUGUUGACAUAGUUGGUGGGAAUGACCCCUCUGUUUCAAGCCAUCCUCCUCCUAAGAUAGAAAAAGAUGCUGCAUGUAGAAAUAAUGAAAGCAGCAGUUCGAGUAGCUCUAGUAGUGAAUCAGGCUCUUCAUCAAGUGGUUCGUGUUUAUGCGAGCCUUCUUCUAAUUCCUUAGAAUAAUCAUUUUUUCUCCUUAAAUAGUGCACUGAUUUGUACAGUAUGUAAGAAUAGCUAAGACUGGAAAUAAAGUAACUUUUCUGUUCGAAUGAUUUUA